CCAACAGCCCCUCCUCCCACCCGAAGGCCGCCGCCCUCUUCCUGCUACUUACCAGACAGCGUCGAUCCACAUCAGCGCAUCGCAAUUAUUAAUGACCUUACUAGUCUAGUGUCGUUGCGGCUCCGUCUUCUCAUUACCUUAUAUACCACCCUCUCUACACGGUUGCUGCGAUCGUCAUUAGCUGCGACGUACUUCAAGACCCAAUCUCCCCUCCCCUCAGCUCAGCACACAUCAACUACGCCUCUACAUCUCCACGCCAUCCUCCUCCACCAUGGCUCCCAUCCCAGCCAAGAUGAACGUCGUUCAGAUCGCCAAGAACGGCGGUCUUGACGUUCUGGAGAAUGCGCAGAUCCCCAUCCCCAACCCCACAGGCGACCAGGUCCUGGUCAAGAACGCCUACUGCGGCGUCAACUUCAUCGACACAUACUUCCGCGGUGGUCUGUACCCUGCCCCUCGCUUCCCUCUCGUCCUCGGACGCGAAGCAGCGGGUGAGGUCGUCCAGGCCGGCAACGGCUUCCGGGAGGGCGACAGGGUCGUCUACAUGUCCGGCACCGAAGCCGGCACCUACGCGGAGUACACGGCUGUCUCGGCCGCCAAGCUCAUCAAGAUUCCCGACGCGGUGACCCUGGAGACCGCCGCGGCUGUCUACCUGCAGGGUCUCACGGCAUGGACGUUUAUCCGCGAGGCGGCGGCCGUCAAGGCUGGUCAGUGGACUUUUGUCCACGCGGCGGCUGGUGGUGUCGGUCUGCUGCUCGUCCAGAUGCUCCGCUCUGUGGGCGCCAAGAUCAUCGCCACGGCGAGCACGGACGAGAAGCUCGAGUUGGCGAGGAAGAACGGCGCCGAGUGGACCAUCAAGUCGUCCGACGACAUUGUCGCCAAGGUCAAGGAGAUUACGGGCGGACAUGGCGUCGACGUCAUCUUUGACGGCAUCGGCAAGACGACUUUUGACGCAGAUCUGGAGAUGAUUGCCCUCAAGGGGCAGCUGAUCUCCUUCGGCAACGCGUCUGGCGCCGUGGAGCCCUUGAGCAUCCUCAAGCUCGCCCCCAAGAACGUGCGUCUCAUGCGCCCCGUCGUCAACGGGUACGUUACAGAGCGAGAGGACCUGGAGAGAUACAGCAACGAGCUCUUUGAUCUCGUGGCGGGUGGAAAGGUAGAGGCGAGGAUCCACGAAGUGUACCCAUUGGCAGAGGCCAAGCGGGCACAGGCUGACAUUGAGAGCCGCAAGACUACUGGCAAGCUACUGCUCAAGUGCACAUGAGUGACUUGGCACAAGUGGCACUCGGAAUCAAAAUGUCAUUUGUAUGUUCGGAAUCAGGCUGUCUCGUGCAACGUCUUCAUCAGCGGUCCCCUUUCUUCUGGCCGUUCAGCUCUAGUCGCUUUUGGUGUCCCAAGUGACAGUGCUUUGCCCUGGCUUGAAAGAUAUGACGGCGGUCUU